GCCCACCUUGACUUCUGAUCUCAUAUCUUUGAGCUUCCACUGCGCAGCUCCAAACGCACCGCCUGCUGCCACAAUCCGAUUUUGACGACAGUGCCGCGCACAAUACCAGUGCUCGAAAUUGACGACCGAUAGCCCGCUCGUCUUGGUCCGCGGCGGGCGGUCAACCGGCGCCUGGCAUCGACGACAUCAGCAAGGCGGGGAGGCACCAAACGCGGCCUUGCUCUUCUGCCUGGGGAGCAAGCACCGUGGCAGCCUGGCCACCCUCACCACAACCGCCACCACUACCAUCACCGGCCGGCCGAUUCGACCCAACGCCGCCCAUCAUGGCUUCCUCGAACCAGCGCAACCCGUUCAUGUCGACACACAAGUCCGACUCGGACCUCCACAUCAUCCUCCACCCCCUCGUCCUCCUCACAAUCUCCGACUAUAUCACCCGCCACACACUGAGAGGACAGACCCAGCCCAUAGUAGGUGCCAUAAUCGGUCGCCAAGAUGGGCGCGCUAUAACUAUGGAGCACGCUUUCGAGUGCGCCGCCGAGCCCAACAUCACAGGAGGCGGCAGACUGGUGGAGCCAUGGUUCACCGAGCGCCUAGAUCAAAUGAGACUCGUUCACAAAGACCGCGGACUCGAUCUUGUUGGCUGGUACACACUCCUCCCACGCUCUGGGCCCAACUCGGAAGUUCUCCUGUUACAUAACCAGAUACUGGCGAACAAUGAGUCUGCGGCAAUCCUGGCCGUCCACCCGGAUGAGAUUGUCGCGGGCGGAGCCACCGGCGGCAGGCUGCCCAUCUCUCUCUACGAGACCGUUUACGAAUCGGAGGAGCAGAGAAGAGACGGCGGCGAGGAUAAAGUGAUGAAAGACGGCGACGAUGCCGACGACGAUAGCGCGACCCCUGACCCGGUCGCGCUGGCUGCCUCGUAUACCAACAUCCGUUUCCGCGAGCUCCCGUACUCGGUCGAGACGGGAGAGGCGGAGAUGAUUAGUAUGGACUUUGUGGCGCGCGGCGGCGCCAACGCUACCACAUCGACUACCACCGACCCGCAGCAGCAAGGACCUGGGGACGAACAGAAGAAAAAGCAGGUGCCGUCACAAGUCAAGGUCGACGUCAAGGGCAAGCGCCGUGCCGUAGCCAAGGAUGAAGAAGACGACGACGAGGCGUCGACAGCCGCUGGCGCAAUUGAGCCUGCUGUUCUCUCGCGAGACGAGGAAGAAUUGGUGGCGACGCUUGCCACCAAGGCGAACGCUAUUAGGAUGCUUCACGCACGCAUCCAGCUCAUCAUCAAGUAUCUGGAGGGCCUUCCCCCCUCUUAUCUCACUACCAGUGAUCAAGCUCCAUCAGACUCUGGAGCUGCCACAGAAGCCGAGGCUAUACCAACAUCGACAGCCUCGACCGAGGGCGCGGCCGGGGCAACUGCUGAAGGGCUACCGGUAAGCUCUGCCUCACCUGCGCCGCCGCCGUCGCCCACGCUACUGCGGUCGAUCCAGGCACUCGUCAAUCGCAUCCCGCUGCUGAUUCCCUCGACGACGGAGGCAUUCGAGCGUGAGAUGCUGAGCGAGGCCAAUGAUGUGCACAUUGUUUCCCUACUUAACGACGUUAUGCAGAGCGUCAAUGAUCUGCGUGAUCUCGGCAAGAAGUUCCACGUUGUUGAGCAGUCCAAGAAUCGGAGGCAGCUGAACGAUCAUCAGGGCGCGCUGAGUGGAAUGCUGGGUGGAAUGAUGGGGGUGGCGGACCAGCAGAGACUCAACUUCAGCGUGGGCGACCUUCUCAUGUGAGGGGCCGUCGCCGAAGACACUCACAAGCACACGCAUAGAUGCCUACCAUUUUGUAGAAAUCGCGUGCUCGAGUAAUAUCGGUUCUGAGGGUGUCGCAGACGAAUGAUGACGACUAACGAGCGGUCGGCCUACCCUUCAUAUCUACCAACAGAAGAAGGACGGGGUGACAUGAUGAAUAACAGACACUUGCGUACAGUGUUCAGAGGAAAGGAAAUUGGCCCGCUUCGUCUCAGAAUCGUUGCUUGGCGAGAAAACGGUGUAUAUUGCCGUUUAUUCAAGUAAGAAUCACAGCUUCGCGGUGUCAAAUGUGGGUGCUGGGCCCCGAGUGAAGCCCCUCUGAGCGAAACCACUAGGAACCUAGUUGGGUUUAUCCGCCCGGUUCUUUAUAUUACAUGAAGAGAGCCGUUUUGGGGAAGACGACUAGAAGACAGCGCGGGAAUAAAGGUGCGGACCGAUAAAGGAAAGGGCGACAUGUGGCGAAACUAAGUGUCGAUGAUGACUUUGACGACCAGCCUGCCCUGGCCAUCCGCAGUCUGGCCCGCGAGCUUAAACGCGUCCUUUGCCUUUCCCAGGCCGCAGAACCGGUGUGUGACCAUGUCGCCGAGGCAGGGGAGCCUAAAGGCCUGACCGGGCGCGACGCCGCGGCGGCGGCCCGUCCCCUCCCCGUCCACCUCCUCCCCGCCCCGGGCCUCCAACUCCGUCGCGGCGGUGCGCAGCAGCCGGAUGCCGGUCGGGCAGGCGUUUGCGUAGCGGAAUACGCUUAGGACGUCGACCUCGCGCAGGUGGGCGACCGACACGGGCAGCGUCUGCACGGGCGUGGAUGGGCACUCUGUCUUGAAAGGUGGGCGGUAUGCAUAUGGGUGGGUGUCCCAUAUGCAUGGAAGCGGACACGUUAGGAAGGGAUGGGCAAAUGAUGGUAGCGAGGCAACGGUAGAGCUAGGACGGGCAUUAGCUGAGGGUGGUGCGGGCAGAACGGAGUUGGAAAGGAGUAUAUUGCAAACCUGGGCUUGGUCGGAAUCUCGCUGGUGGCAGGAUCAUGACGUUGAACGUGUUGCGGUGCCAGUCCCAGUUGGCUGGCAUGGUAGGUCAAAGCAUGGUGUGAAAUCGCAGGAAGGAAGUAAUCUUCUAGUUGGCGGAUUGCGGUUCACGCUGCGCCAUCGCAUCUACGUGCUGGCCGGGCUCGUCCGUGCCACCCUCGCCAGGCAGGCGGAGCGGCGCCGUGGCCCUCAAGACCACCACCUGGACUGCAAGGGCGGCAGCUCGCGGGGCGGGGACAAGCCUCUCGCCGGGAUAUCGCGCAACGGC